UUUGUGGCAUAGCUAUUUCUGUUCAUGCAUCUUCCUUCUCUGCAGUUGCAGUUAGCGCGCAGGGCUGUUUAUAAAGACAAAUCCUGGCGGUUUAACAAAUGUGACCGUGUGCGAGAGCACGGCUGUCAGAAUGGGGGUUCACUUGUUCUUUGUACUUUUGUAACUACUUUGCUGGUCAAACGCCCAGCAUGUUCAUUUCAAUGAGUGUAAGAAACUGCAAGCGAAAUUGCCUGCUCGCCCGCCCCUGUCUUUUACCCUCGCUUUUCCACCCUCACAGAUGGGCGCCUGCACACGCCUGCCCUCUCCUAGACUACCGCCAAAGUGCGCGGAAUUUCCAGGGGGAGGAAAAGAGGCUGUAGCCCAAGAGCUAAGCAGCCACGUUUAUCUCUAAGCGCGCCGUCAGAGACGAUAAGCACGAGAGGCAAGUCGCUGUACCUCUGCUUGCCUUUCAGGAUUCCUCCUCUGUUUUUUUAAGGACACAAAAAACGGGCAGACACACUGCGCGAGCUUAUUCUUGAUUACGAGGAUGUGGAGCAGCGUCCUGAGCAAGGGAAGUUCAUGCCAUAGCAACCCACUUCCAACUGCUGUGCAAACUCCAUCUCUGAUGAUGCAGUCCACGCUGGAUGUGAAACCUUUUAUGCCUUUUCCCGUGGAUGCUACGUCUCCGGUGGGACUCUUCCCCAAUUUCAAUACGAUGGACCCUGUGCAGAAAGCUGUGAUCAACCACACGUUUGGAGUCUCCAUCCCUCCAAAGAAAAAGCAAGUUAUCUCCUGCAACAUCUGCCAGCUCCGCUUCAAUUCAGAUAGCCAAGCCGAGGCGCACUACAAAGGGAGCAAACAUGCCAAGAAGCUGAAAUCACAGGAGUCCACCAAAAAUAAGCAGAAAAGUGCGCCUGCCAAGGACAGCGCAAAGACAAUCAGCACCUCCAGCGCGCUCACUGCCAGCACCUCUGACCAAACAGACAAGACUGCGGCGUCUCCGGACGCGCCUAAAGCCUGCACCCCUGCGAAAGCUUUCGUCCCCGCCUCCGUCGUGGCCCUCGCCGCCGCCGCCACCACCGCCGUCGCCCCCAGCCACUGCACGGCCCCGUCGGAGCCUCCGCUCGCCAGCCCGCCCGCCGAGGCCACGAAGAACGGACCAAAGCCAACAGCCGCACCCGCCCCUGAGCCGAGCGCAGAGUCGGAGGAGGAAAAGGCCAAGAAGCUGCUCUACUGCUCCCUAUGCAAAGUGGCUGUUAACUCUCUGUCACAGCUGGAGGCUCAUAACACAGGUUCAAAGCACAAAACAAUGCUGGAGGCCAGAAAUGGAGCUGGUCCAAUUAAGGCCUACCCCAGACCUGGGUCCAAGCUCAAAGUCCAAGCCACAAUGAUCAAGGGGUCGGGUUUACAGAACAAGACGUUCCACUGCGAAAUAUGCGAUGUCCACGUCAAUUCAGAAAUUCAGCUUAAACAGCAUAUUUCCAGUAGGAGGCACAAGGACAGAGUUGCUGGGAAACCCAUGAAGCCCAAAUACAGCCCAUAUAACAAGCAGCAGCGUAGCUCCACCGCACUGGCAGCCAAACUCGCAUUCCAGAAGGACCUGGUGAAGCCGUUGUCACCGCCGUUCCUUUCGAGCCCGUUCUCUCCGUCCACGAUGCCCUCCAUCUCUCUGCACUCGCGGCCCAGCGCCUCCCUCUUUCAGGCCUCGGCGCUGGCGCCCUCCUUCCUGCGCGCCGCUCCCGGGCCCAUCCGGGCCGCGGCAGGGUCCAUCCUCUUCGCGCCGUACUGACCCCUCCCCCCCUGUCCCCCCGAGCGCCGCGGCGGGGAGGAGCCGGCGGGAGCCGGGCGGCCGAGCCGUCGGAGGACGAGGGCAACGGCGGGACCGCGAGGAUCGAACAAACGUUGUAUUUAUGAAACUCGUUUACCCCGAACCUUCUGCCUCGCCCGAGCAGAUCUGUUAUUGGGGUUGUACAGCAGAUAGAUAAGGAACAAAAAAAGCAUCAAACCGCUUCCUGAACGACUUGAAUUCCCACGGUCUUCCUCACCAAUGAACCCGACACGUCCGCACAUUCUGCAAUGUACCUUUCAUCCCCAGGAUAAUGACAAUGCCCAGUUUUAAUCAUGUCUUGAUGUCGUCAGGACUGUUACGCUUUCUUUUUGGCCUCAGUGCAGUUGUGUAUUGUGUAGCUAACUAGCUGUAGUUUCUGUACUUUCACUAUGAAUUCAGUGCAUACUAUUUCUGCAUUUGGCAGUCAGGAUGAUUACCUGAUUGGACAUUACAUAAAUUACAUUAUCUUUUUUUUUUUCAUACAUUUAAAGUUUUCCUAAAGACAGCAGAAAUAUAUGUAAGAAAUUUUUUUCUGCAUCUUCAGAGGUUUCAGUUUUUUCAGUUUUUUCAUCAUUUUGUUUACUGUUCUUUUUAGUGUUUUUUUACUAUUUUCUUUUUCCACGAAAAAAAAUUUAAAUCCAUAUUUACCAUUUCACUUGCCUGUUCUCUGGCAGGAAAAUCAUGGGCCUUUUUAUUUCUGUGUAAUAUCAAUCAUUUAUAAUGGUGCUGCAUUAUAUUGUGGCCCUUUAUUGCAAUAAUGUACAGAGCAUUAGCUGUUUAAAUUGGAAAUAUUGUAUUUAAUGUUUACCUUACGAGUGGCAAUACCAAUUUUAUUGUAUAGAGAAGACUAGAGAUGCAGUACCUAGAUGCAAUUAUUUGUAUUUUUCAAAUCAGGAAAAAAGCAAUCCACAUGAAGAAAGGAAAAUAUAUGUUCAUUAACCUGGAGUAUUUGUUUAGUGCGUAGUGUGUAUGUAUGGGAGAAAAGUCUGUACACAAGAAAUGUCAAUAAAGUAAAUUAUAAAGAUUUGCUCUCAUAUUACUAUACUGUAUAAUUGAUUUUUUAAUAUAAAAAAUGUCCAGACACAGAAAGUCCUGUUUGUAGAAAGCUGACCUGCUGAAGUGCUUAAUAAUAUAAAAGCAUGCAUGUAAGAACAGUGGAUAUAUUUAAUUCUGUAUGAUCUGUAUAGUAUUUAUUUUCUUAAAUUUUUUAUGAUGCAAAUGAGUACAAAUUAUGAAUUCAUUAAAUUUGCUUCGAGAUAUUCAAGGACAAACAUUAUGGUGCAACGUUUUUUUUUCAUUCAACCCUUUUGUUUAUUGGACAGUUUAACUAUGUUUAACGGUUUGUUUUAUCUGUGCUGCAUUCUGCUUCGAAAGCCAGUAGUUUUGUAUUGCGUUGUCUCAACUGAUUUAUAAUUAGAAGGCCAAGCCUUGCAGGUGUAUUCUGAUCACUGUUUUUUUUUCAUUCUUCUGCCAUUUAUUCCACUUCUGUUGAGACCACCUGGUGGUCCCUCUUGGUGGCACUGUGAAUUGAAACUGAAACAUUUUAGUGAUAAUUACUCCUGCCCAUUUUGACUGAGAGGCUUGAAACCAACCUUAAUAGAUCCCUCUCUUCGCAAAGAGAGAAAUGGACCCAUAAAACAUUUUUUGGAAAUGACUUUAUUAGCUCUUGUGAAUGUUAGCGUGCUAGAGUAGUCCAUCGCUGUGUGAGACAUCCUCCUGACUCAAUGUCGAUGAGCAUGUGGGUUCAUUUUUGUUUUCUGUGUUCUUGUUUUCUAAAAAUGAAAAUGGGAAGUUUUUAUGGCUUCAGUUAUAAAACAUAUUUCAUCCAUCUGCGGCUUGUUGAAGCUAAGAACAAAGUUAUCUGGUAAAAAGAGCUAAAAUUGAAUGUUUGAAUGAUCAGUGGAAAAUGCUACAAUAAUCCCAAACAAUUACAAUGAUCCCAAUGUUGGUGUGAUUACCUAAAAUAUUUUGCAGUUGAUGUAUUAAACAUGGAUAUAAUUUAUUGGUUGA